GCAACAAUCACAGCCACUUGAUUUGCAUACCUCUCUUUCAUCAGCCAUCAGAACAUCUCUCCUCUUCUUAUUCCAUCAACGAAAAGAAACCGUUACCCGCUGAAAGACGACUAGUUUUCAGCUUUUUCACUCUCCUUGAGAAGAAGACGAAUUCUUCAGUGCAUCAGUUUUCUUUAAUUUAUUAAAAAUGGAGGAAGAGAAGAAGAAGAAGCGAAACAAGAAAAAGAAAAACAAACAGAACAAUCAUGGUAAUACUAAUAGUAAUCAAGCAGCGGAAGACGACGUGUCGGUUGAUCAUCACAACAACAACAACAACAACAACAAUGGGCAGAAUCAUGGUAAUGAGAAUGAUAAUCAAGUAAUAGAGGUAUCUUCAAAUGGUGAUGCUGUGGAUGUGGAGGAUUUUAAUACACAUAAUGAUAAGCCCAAUGGAGUAGCACCACAAUCUUCCAUCUUGGCUGAAGCAGAGAAGCAGUGGUGGCUUCAAAGAGAGGCUGCUUUAGAAGAUACAAUCAAACAUUUACAAAAUGAAACCGAUUCACUCAUAAAGACACAGGCUACCUUUGAAGAGACAAUCAAACAAUUACAAGAUGAAAAUGAUUCACACAUACAGAAAGAGGUUACCUUUGAAGAGACAAUCAAACAAUUACAAGAUGAAAAUGAUUCACACAUACAGAAAGAGGCUUCCUUAGAAGAAACAAUCAAUCAAUUAAGAAGUGUAAACAAUUCAUGCGUAAAGAAAGAGGCUACCUUUGAAGAUACAAUCAAACAAUUGAAAACUGAAAAUGAUUUGCACAUGCAGAAAGAGGCUGGUUUAGAGAUGAAAAUCAUGCAAUUGCAGAGAGAAAAAGAUUUCUGGCUUCUGAAAGAGGCUGGCCUGGAGGAGAAACUUAAUCUCUUACUGGAUGAGAAGGCUGCUCUGGGUUUAAAACUGGCAAGCCUAGAGGAAAAAAUUGGACAGUUAGAUAGUGAGAAAGAUUCUUGGGCUGUAUCAGAGAAUACAACCAAAGAAAUUGUUGGUAGAAUGAAUAUCGACAUCACAAGUCUACGAAUGCAGGUGGUGGAGUUGGAAUAUUCCAGGAAUAGUCUCGUGAAAGAAAACCAACAGCUGAAGGAAAGUGUCGCUGACCUGAAGUUACAGCUUCAAAAUGUUGAGACUCAACAGAGCAUCUCCUCUGCUAACACAUCAGAACUUGGAAAGAAUGAUGCUGAAAAAGAGGACUUGAACUCCCAGAUUGAAGCAGCUUGUGCACUGGUGGACAAAUUGAUCACUGAAAAUGCAGAACUUGUUGAGAAAGUGAAUGAGUUGUACAUUAAACUUGACCAACAAAAGGCAGCAGCUAGUCUUUCUUCAUCUGCCGGAAGUGAUGUCAUUCUUAGAAAUUCUGAACUUGCCAAUGGAACUCCUCCCAUGUCUGAAUCAAGCGAGUCCGCAUUGGGCCUUAAGUCAGAGUCCUUAGACGCAGAUCCCCCUGCUGCGGUGCUCCCACAAUCUUCAGAACCUGACGCCGAAGAAAUUGUGCAAAUCCCAUUGGAUGAUAAUGAAGUUCCAGAUGUGGAGAUGCAAGCUGAACAUAAGAGCGGCGUGCCGCUCAUGGAUGCUCCACUAACAGGAGCUCCUUUCCGGUUAAUAUCAUUUGUUGCUAAAUAUGUCAGUGGUGCUGACCUGGUCAGCAAAGAUGAUUCAAAUUAGGGCUUGAGCUAGGAUACAUAAUGUUUCCUUCUUUCCAUCCAUUUUUUUUUUUUGCCCAUAUACAAAUUUUUAUGCAGUAGAGAUGGACCCAAUUCGAGCCAUUAUACUGUAUUUUUUAAACAUACCGAACAUGUUUGCUCAUCAAAGUGAAAGAUAACAUGCAGAGUUGAUAACUUGACACGCA